AUGCGACUUCGGGUCGGCCCCCCCUCCCGGCCGCUGUCGGUCUGCUGGGCGUCGCCGGUCGAUGCUCAGGGUUUUCUGGGCUCGGUCGCGGCAGAGAUUGCUGCUUGUGGAUCGGAUAAUUUUGUUAAUCUUGGUUGUUUCCCCAACUUCGUCAUCAACGCCGGGCUCUUCUUCAACUUCAGCCCGCAAGGCCCCAACCCAACAGACCCCUCCCGCAGCUUUCCCGACUGGGACCCCGGCUCGACCAUCAACAGCACCGUGACCCCCCUCAACUGCGCCCGCGUCUGCCGCGGCUACGGCUACAAGUUCGCGGCCCUCCGCGACAACACCUGCACCUGCGGCAUUCAGCUGCCCACGGGCUACGAGCCGAGCGGCCCCGCCCUCUGCAACCGCCUCUGCAACGGAGACAACACCCAGACCUGUGGCGGCCUCCUAGACGCUCAGACCUUGGUCGACCCGACCUUUGCGGCGAACGAGCUCGUGCCCAUCACCAACUCGAAUCCGGGCCUUGCUGAGCACUAUCGGCAUCUGGGCUGCUACAAUGCUCCCGACGGGUUCCCUACCCAGGAUGUGAGAGCGUCGGCGUUGGUGGUGGAUAUCGAUGUUUGUUUUAACUUGUGUGCUGGUCUCGGGUAUCCGCUCGUCCACGGCUCCCCGGAAGCGUUCGCUGCCAAUGCGGGGUCGGCAUUCGGUCUUGGGGCCUUCCGUGUCCAUGCUGAGCUGCUGUCCACACCGGGAGUGUGCAACACGACGUGUGAUGCUGGUCCCGAAGAUUGCGUCCAGCGUCUUCGGAGACUGCAGACAUUACAUUCCCAGCGCUGCUGUGGUCAGAACAACAUCUACCCCGUGUACAUCAACACAGAACUGCAAGGCUGCUACACCCCUUUAAUCCCCGGUUUCAAGCGCCUGCUCACCGACCUCCUCUACGAGUGCAACGACAUCCCCAACACUUUAACCGGUCCCCCAACGGUCCUUAACCAGCCGGACUACGACCCGGCCCUCAUCAUCCAGGCCGAGGCGGCGCUGAUCCGGCGGCCGACCAUGCCCGUGCCGGGGAGCCACAGUUUCUAUUUGUAUGGGUGCCUCGGGCUGGGGCCGCUCUGUAUCGGUGGUAUUUUCAAUCCCCUGCUGUCAUUGCUGCUGCCGCCUAUUAGCCCUGCGACGCUGGACUCUUGUGCGGCUGAGUGUGAUCGGAGGGGGUUUAGCGCUUUUGGCAUGGUUAAUGGCGUGUAA